CUUUAACUUUUACUUCCGUGUCGCCGGGAGAAUGAUUUUUUGCUGUUCUAGAGUACAUUAGCGCUGAUAAAUAUUUGUAGUCUGUUCUUUGUUUUAAUGAUAUUAAUUCUGAAUCUUUAAAAAUGGAUAUCACAACUAAAAAUUUUCCUGAACUUCUGCCUGCAAUUAAAGAGGCCAUAACGGAAUGUACCUUCCUUGCAAUAGAUACAGAACUCACAGGUUUAAGCACACAAGUUACUGAGCAUGCUUUUGAUACCAUGCCUGAGAGAUAUUCAAAGCUACGUGAGAACUGCUCAAAAUUUCUUAUCAUUCAGUUUGGCUUGAGUACUUUCAAGUAUCAUCCUGCACAAAAGAAAUAUACGCAUAGAGAUUUCAACUUUUAUAUAUUUCCCCGACCUCACAUCAGACAAGCACCAGAUCCAAAAUUUAUGUGUCAAGCAUCCAGUUUGCAUUUCUUGGCUUCACAUGGUUUUGAUUUUAACAAGGUUAUUUGUGAAGGUAUUUCAUAUCUUAAUCCACUUCAAGAAGAGAAAAUCAGAGGCUAUCUCAGAAACAGGCAUAAAAUUGAAAAGGAAGCGAUAGUUUCUUCUGAGCAAAAGGCAAAAACAAAUGGGCAGAAAGAAGUUGAUGUUCCUGAAGAGCAUAAACAAUUUAUUGCUGAAAUCCAUGAAAAAGUUGAUGCUUUUAUUUCAAAUGAUUCAGAAACGGUGAUUCAGUUAGAACCCUGCAGUUCCUAUCGACGUAAAUUAAUUUAUGAAACAGUUCAAAUGAAAUAUCAGACUGGCAUAGAAAUGUCAUCAUCCAUGAAUGCAGAAAAUAGACGAGUGAUUACAAUUGUGAAAACAACCAGUGAGGAGAAAUUAGAUAAACUUCAUUUGAAACAGAUAAAUGAUAUGGGUGACUUAGAUGUUGCUGUUGGGUUUCGCAAAGUAUUAGAUUGCAUAGCUGAAUCAAAAAAGCUUGUAGUCGGUCAUAAUAUGUUACUUGAUAUUAUGCAUGUAAUGGACCAAUUCUUUCAUCCUUUACCAGAGGAUUUGCAAGAAUUCAAACAGAUGUUGCGAUUAACAUUUCCUCAUAUUUUAGAUACAAAACACAUGGCAUCUAGUGAAAAAUUCCGUUCAUUUUUUGAAACCACACACCUUUUUGAACUCUUCAAGCAGUUGCAAGGGAAAGCUUUUGAUAUGCCAAAAGUUGAGGCAGAAGAUGGCUUUAAAGGAUAUAAUGCAGAUUCUAAAAAGGUCCAUGAAGCUGGGUUUGAUGCUUUUAUUACUGGCUUGUGUUACAUAGGACUUUCAACAAAACUUGGUAUGAUGCAGAAUCCACCUGUUAACUAUGUUGAUACAUCCUCAAAAUUACUUUCUCCUUAUUGCAAUAGGAUAUUCAUUAUGCGGCACUAUGAUAUUAUGUCUAUAAAUCUUUCUGGACCAGAUCCUGAACCUAAAAGGGAUAAUGUGUUUUAUGUGAGUUUUCCUGAGGAAUGGAAAACAGUUGAUUUAGUUGAGCUUUUCCUACCGUAUGGAAACAUAUAUGUAAACUGGUUGGAUGAUGUAUCAGCCUUAGUAGCAUUACGGAGUGAGGAGCAUACAAUCAGUGCUAAAUCAGCGUUGUUGAACAGAAGCAGCAGAAUAUAUCGAGUGCGAACAUUUUCUGAUUACCAAGCAACGGUAAAAAAAUAUGAUGGUCUCAAAAGUGAUGCUAAAAAAUCUCAAAAGUUAUUUAGUAAUGAAUCAUCUGGAAAGAAAAGAAGAGCUAGUGGAAGUUCAGAAUGUGCUGUCAGUAUGGAUUUGAUCCCUGAGGGUGAUGAAAAUGAAGCAGAAAAAGCAGAUGAUUCUGGAUUACCAUGUCCUAAGAGACAGAAGCGGGAUGAAAAUGAAGCUGGAGAAGUGACUUCAACUGCAAAAGUAUUUGAGGAGGAAAACACAUGGUGAACUAACUGUAAAAGAAAAGCUGUAUUUUUUUAUUUAAAAAAAAUCCAUUUGUAUACCUGAAAGAAGUGCAUUUUAAACCAUUAAAUAUGUUUUUUUCUUUAGAAAA